CUUUUAAUAAAAUAAAAAAAAAGUCAAUUAAAAUGAAAGAAAUUUUACCUGAACCAGCUGAUAUAUGCAAUUAUAAAAAAAUACCUUUUCAAUUUACAGAAGAACUUUCAUCUAAAAAUGUAUUUUUAAGAUUACCGAGUGAGUUCUCACCUUUAGAGCGUAUGCUUAUUCAAGCAACAGGAAACUUACAAAGAAUUUUAUCUGCUUAUUAUAAUGUUCCUAGUCAUGUCAAAAUUAUCAAAAAUAGAAUGAUACCUAAUAAGUCAAAUUUAUCUCAAACAACAAAGCAAUUUGAAAGAAAAAUUAUCAUGUAUUUUGGAGAUAAACUUGCUUAUGAAGCUGAUUCAGUUUUGAUUGUCAAGGAUAAUACCAUUUUAGAAUUAUUAGAAAAGCAUAAAUAUGGUUUAGGACAAAUUUUUGGCCACACAAAUAGAUCUCCAGAUUUUGUAUUACAUGCUGUUGGUAGACGUGGAAAUGCACCAGGCGCAAGUUUUUGGCGUGAUUAUAGUUUGACAAUACCUGAUGUUUUAGAUUGUUUUAUUAGAGAAACUUUUGUAGAAGGAUUAUUUGAAGAAUACCAUGGCGACCGAAAAGAAGGUACGAUUUGGUAUAGUGAAAAUCAGGCACACAUUUUUACCACAUUCAUGUAAAAAAAAAAAAAAAAAAAU